AUGGCCGACCGUAACCUCGACCACAGAAGGGCAAACUUCAAGGGAAAGACUCAGUUCUCAGCGACUGAGUUGAGACGUAGACGCGAGGAACAGCAGGUCGAGAUUAGGAAGCAGAAGCGCGAGGAAUCCAUCGCGAAGCGCCGAAACUUCCAGCCUGGGGGAGACGACGAGGAUGGGCUCGAUUCCGAUGAGGAUACCGACCUCGGGACACAGGGUCUCGCGACGACUCUGCCGCAGAUGCUGCAGGCGGUGUAUAGCUCGAGUCAGGAGGAUCAGCUCGAGGCGACCAUGAAGUUCAGGAAGCUUCUGUCUAAGGAGAAGAACCCCCCGAUCGACAAGGUCAUCCAGUGCGGUGUCGUCCCUCGCUUUGUCGAGUUCCUUUCCAGCCAAAAUACCAUGCUUCAGUUCGAGGCAGCUUGGGCUUUGACCAACAUCGCCUCCGGUACUUCCGACCACACCCAGGUAGUCAUCCAAGCCGGUGCCGUCCCUCACUUUGUCCGCCUCCUCUCCUCGUCCGUCCUGGACGUUCGCGAGCAAGCCGUCUGGGCUCUCGGAAACAUCGCCGGUGAUUCCCCCAAGUGCAGGGACCACGUUCUCGCCUCGGGUGCGCUCCAGCCGCUCUUGGUGCUGCUCAAUGAGAACCACAAGUUGUCAAUGUUGAGGAACGCUACGUGGACGCUGAGCAACUUUUGUCGUGGCAAGAGCCCUCAGCCGGAGUGGUCCAAGAUCGCCCCCGCUCUCGGCGUCCUCGCCAAGCUCAUCUACUCGCUCGACGACGAGGUCCUCAUCGAUGCGUGCUGGGCGAUCAGCUACCUCUCGGACGGGUCGAACGACAAGAUCCAGGCUGUUAUCGAGGCCGGUGUCUGCAGGCGUCUCGUUGAUCUCUUGAUGCACCACUCGACCGCCGUUCAGACCCCCGCGCUCCGCUCCGUCGGGAACAUUGUCACUGGUGACGAUCUCCAGACCCAGGUCAUCAUCUCGUCGGGAUCUCUCCCUGCGCUUCUCAGUCUCCUGUCUUCGCCCAAGGACGGGAUCCGUAAGGAGUCAUGCUGGACCAUCUCUAACGUCACUGCUGGAUCCCCUCAACAGAUCCAGGCCGUCAUUGAUGCCAACAUUAUUCCCCCACUCAUCAACACCCUCUCGCACGGCGACUUCAAGUCCAAAAAAGAAGCCUGCUGGGCCAUCUCGAACGCAACCUCGGGCGGACUCCAAGAACCCAACCAAAUCCGCUACCUCGUCUCCCAGGGCUGUAUCAAGCCGAUGUGCGACUUGUUGCAGUCGAUGGAUAACAAGAUUAUCCAGGUUGCUUUGGAUGGUUUGGAGAACAUUUUGAAGGUGGGGGAGAUGGACAAGGAGGCGAGUGGGCCGGGCGCUGUUAAUGCCUAUGCGCAGUUUAUUGAGGAGGCGGGCGGGAUGGUUUCGAUUCACCAUUUGCAGCAUUCGGAGAAUUUGGAGAUUUACAAGAAGUGCUUCUAUAUGAUGGACAAGUUCUUCCCGGAGGAUGACGAGGAGGAGGCGGAUGGCGCAGAGGCGGCGGUAGAUGAGCAGGGACAGUAUGCUUUCCAGUCGGAUGUUGCGGCGCCUCAGGGUGGUUUCAACUUUGGCUCAUAA